AUGGAGAUUCAGUUUGAACGGUUCGAGCAGCAGUUGGGUUUUCAUUUGGCAAACUUUUCCGGCGUUCGAGUACGCAAGUUCAAUCGGACCACCUCGAUACUGGACGGAGACGGUGAAAUCUUUGUGGACGUUACCGAUGAGUACCAAAUAAUGCUGACCAUGGCACUCAGCUCCCUAGGCAAUAACCAGUGGAACGAGUAUCCCGUGAAGAUCGCCAAGAGCAGGAUGUGCAGUUUUCUUAACAACCAAUACAAGGAAUACCAGGAGUAUUUCGUUGAGAGCACCAGUUUUCCGCGCGUUGGAGAUGACUGGGUAUGUCCCUUUCCGAAGGGACGCCACUGGGUGCGGGAUUUUGCAAUCGAAGGGUCCUGGGUACCGGAUUUUGUUCCAUCUGGAUAUUGGAGGUAUACGAUUUCGAUAUUUGAUGCCCGUGAUGAAAUUGUAGUUAACCUCAUUGUGUAUAUGAAGAUGAAGCAAGGCUACGUGUGA